UAUUGAAAUUGAAUUAGAAAACCCUUUCAAGUGAUGAUGUGAUGUAUGUGAAUGUUAUGUUACACAGAAUUUGUUAUGUAGUAACAAUCUGAUUUCAUUUAUUAACUUUGUUUUGUUAUUGUAGGUGCGACUGGUGGAAUAAUUUUCUUUGAAUCUAGUUGUAGAUUGUAGUAAGAAAAAUGGGAAAACAAAACAGCAAACUCAAACCUGAAGUACUGGAGGAUCUUAGACAAAAUACUGAAUUUUCUGAUGCGGAAAUUCAGGAAUGGUACAAAGGCUUCCUGAAAGACUGUCCAAGUGGACACUUAAGUGUUGAAGAGUUUAAGAAGAUAUAUGGGAACUUUUUCCCAUAUGGGGAUGCAUCAAAGUUUGCAGAACAUGUAUUUAGAACAUUUGAUGCGAAUGGAGAUGGGACUAUAGACUUCAGAGAAUUUUUAUGUGCACUUUCUGUCACGUCUCGAGGAAAACUUGAGCAAAAACUGAAAUGGGCAUUCAGUAUGUAUGAUUUGGAUGGAAAUGGGUACAUUUCCAGACAAGAAAUGUUAGAAAUUGUGACAGCAAUCUACAAAAUGGUUGGCUCUGUAAUGAAAAUGCCUGAAGAUGAGUCAACACCUGAAAAAAGAACAGAUAAGAUUUUUCGUCAAAUGGAUAAAAAUAAGGAUGGUAAACUUUCAUUAGAUGAGUUCAUUGAAGGGGCAAAAAGUGACCCGUCCAUUGUCCGACUACUGCAGUGUGAUCCACAAGCACAGUGAGAGGAUUGGUAGAUGGUAACUGAACUUCUGAGGCUUAUAUCAUCAGAAUUGUGCUUAAUUCUGUGCUUGGUCAUGUGCCCAAUCUUGAACAUGGGCUUUGGUACAAAGAUUAUAACAGACUGAUUUCAGUAAAGAAGAGGGCUGCAAAAGAAGUCCAUUGUUGAAUCAUGUCAUACAUGAAAAUGAUAAUGAACUUCUAACUUCAUUCACAUAAAGUUCUGCCAUUGAAUUGGAAGCAGGUGAACUGUGUUAGUGUGAUUUUGAAGUUUUAUUUAAAUGGAUGGGCGCAGUAUUGCAUGUAAGUGGCACAGUGGCCUGUGUGGCAGAUGGUUUGUGUCAAUUCCCUUUUUAUUCUGAUCGAGUUAGAAUAUGUGAAAAUUCUAUCAGUAAUAUGUUUUUAAAUAAAUUGUUCAUUACAUGCAUAUUCUUUGCACACAUGUGCAUGUAUGUCAACAGUUUUUAAAAUAAAAUGACAUUCCUUGAUACUCCUUCAAUGAUA